AUAGCUAUUAGACACAACUUUAUCCAGGGGCUUGAAACGACAUCGUACCCUGUCAAUAUGGUGCUCCCAAUGAAUAAGAGGUAGUAGACUAUGCCUGCUGGCAGGGAGCGGAAUAACCUCUCACAUAUCCAGUGGACCCAUGUGGUGGCGGAGUUGCCCGAAAGCCUCCCAACCUUCCAAAUGUAUGCGAUCCCGGAUGUCGAGGGGAAGCAUAGACGGAAGCUGGCGAUGUAAGGAAGGACUGGACAUGGGUAUAUAAACCACGGCCCCGAAGUCAGUGUUGGUUCUUCACCUGGCUCGUCCUUGUCCCAGAACUCCUCUUCGCGUCCAUCCCCUUCGUACAUACCACACAGUCUUUACCCCACCCACACUCCCUAUCCAACUACCUAACACUUUCUCUACGUGUCUUCUCUCGAUUUCAAGAUGCCAUCCGCCGCCAACCUCGUUCGUUUCCUCGUUGUUUCCUUGGCUGCGUUCUCCGUGUCUGCCACGCCCACUUCCACAAUUGCUUCUGUACUCCAAUUCAACCCUUUAAAGAGCCUCCCUAAACGUGCCAAUCCUCUCCCCUUUGGUCCAGGCCCCGUCCAACUUCCUCGCCCGGUCACAAACGCUCAGCGAAUGGCUCGCGGGCUUCCCCCGAUGCCGCCUCGCUUCAACCACGCCAAGAAGCAUUUGCACGCCCGCCAGUCUGAUGCUCCCUGUGUCCCAGUUUCUGGUACUAUUCAGGCCAACGUCGGUGGUCGUACGGCGUAUGUCAGUAGGAACGUCAACGACUUCGGAGAGUACGAGCUGGACAAUGGUGUGUCUGGAGCUUUGGAAGUUACCAUUUGCGUCAGAGGCAAUGACGCCUUCGAUAUACGUACCAAUAACGGAGUGGCUGCGUUCCCCUUCUUUGGUGGAGUUGUUGGCUUUGCCAACACCGACGAUAACCUCUCAGCCGGGUCGUUCAACUAUGUCUAUAUUGCAGCCACCUCCCAAACUCCCGUAGGUUCCCGCCCAGUAGCUGGACCCAACGCCUUCACUGCCGCGACAGAUAUCUCGAAGAACAUCGAGAGUGCCAUCUGGACCAUCGACCCUAACUCGAGGGUCUUGCGCUCCAACUGGGUCAACACCAAUGGACGCGUCGCCACCCAGAGUAUCCGUUACAUUCCCAGUGUAAACGCGUUUGCGAUUGUGGGUGAUGUUGCCGAGUUCGAGGAUAGCUUUGGUGUUUCUUCGCCUGCUACUUUCACCUUCAUCCCUAAUACUCCCGUCAGAUUCACUUAGGCGGACUUUUCUACUACGACACUUCUCUGGCACUCAACUUCCUACAUCAGUUCAGAGGAGCAUGCCCCCUGGAGACAGUCACUCGUUACAUAGGCGUCAGGAUCGAAAAGACAUUGCGUACAGUGCGUGAUGAAGAAACUUACUAAACAUCUGGGAAUAUUCGUGUGUAAACUAGCAUGUGUCUAAGUGACGUGACAGUAUCGUAUCAUUAGCAGAUCCGUAUAGCAUAUAGUGUGAAUCAAUGCUUGUAUUCCGUCAUUGUGGAUAGUUUAUCGUAGAAUCGCGUUUGCGCACACCGAAUUGCAUCUUCGACACUUCGAACU